GCAACUAGUUAAACGCUGUAAUAUAUUUUGCAUGGUAGAUUAAUGAAAAAAUGCAAUUUUCAAAAAGAAUAUGUGCUUGCUACGUAUUGAUGUGGAGUUGUGUAUUCUGAAAUGUUUUAAGUGACCUUCCUCACCUUUCAGUGAUAAUUCGGUAUCGUUUGUUUGCCUUUUGUUUUUAAAACUUUUCAUUAGUUAAAUAGUAUAUUUUUUAAUUAUAAAAAAAUGGGCGACACUAAGGAAAUUAAACGCAUUCCUAAUUCUAUAAAAUUUUUGUUUGGAGGAAGUGCUGGUAUGCUGGCAACUUGUUUUGUACAACCACUAGACUUAUUGAAGAACCGUAUGCAAUUGAGUGGACAGGGAGGAACAGCUAAAGAACAUAAAACCUCCUUACAUUUACUGCAAUCUAUAGUGAGAAAUGAGGGGCUUUCUACUUUAUAUACAGGCCUAUCGGCCGGUCUUAUGAGACAGGCAACUUAUACAACUACACGAUUAGGAAUAUACACUUGGUUAUUUGAAAAAUUCUCUAAAGAUGGGACACCACCAAAUUUUUUUACUAAAGCUGCCUUGGGUAUGGCUUCGGGUGUAUGUGGAGCUUUUGUAGGAACACCUGCUGAAGUUUCUUUGAUCCGAAUGACGGCUGAUGGAAGGCUGCCAUUGAACGAAAGAAGAAAUUACAAGAAUGUUUUUGAUGCUAUAUUUAGGAUAUAUCGGGAAGAAGGCAUUUUAACGCUAUGGAGAGGUGCCGUACCGACGAUGGGUCGAGCCAUGGUGGUGAACGCCGCCCAGCUAGCCAGCUACUCUCAGGCCAAACAGUAUCUAGUCAAGACAGGGUAUUUUCACGAAGGCCUAUUCCUUCACUUUGUCGCAUCGAUGAUUUCUGGCCUGGUGACGACGGCGGCCAGCAUGCCCGUCGAUAUAGCCAAAACCAGAAUCCAAAAUAUGAAAACCAUCGACGGCAAGCCAGAAUUCUCGGGACCAUUCGACGUUUUAGGUAAGAUAUUGAAGAACGAGGGGGUGUUCGCUUUAUGGAAGGGCUUCUUCCCCUACUACUUCCGUCUUGGUCCACACACCGUGCUGACGUUCAUCUUUUUGGAACAAAUGAACGGCGCGUACAACAAGCACGUGCUCAAACAGGAGAGCCAAGCCGCACUCUAAUCCGUCUAUUGAUUCAGGGAUUGUUUUUUUCUUAGGAAAUGAAACAAGGUACAAUUCGGUGGAAUUAAAUCAAUUCUAUGCUCUAUAUGUUUCUAUCAAUCAACAAUAUUUUAGAAAAAUAUUGAUACAAUUUUACAAAAAUAUUGAUACAAUUUUACAAAAAUAUUGUACUGUUUUACAAAACUUGUUAUCAAAAGUUUUUUUCUAAUUUUGUUCUACUACUGUUCCCGGAUAGUCUUUACAAGAGGAGAAACUUUUUUAUUAUUGGCAUUUUGAGAAAAAAUCAUUCUUCAUAAAAAUUUUUGCUUCUUUGAAAUUGCUAAUCCCGUUUAUACUUUUCCAAAUUUCUAUACCGUUUUAGAGAAAAUUAGAAAAAACAUAAAAAUAUUGUAGAAUUUUUAUGUUAUGAAGUCCUAAAUCCUAAUUCAAAGUCCUAAAAAUCAAAACGCCUUUCUAUGGUAAUAUAAUUUCGUUUUAAUUCUUUGAUAGAUUAUUGUGGAUAGAAUUUUAAUUAACUU